AUUCACAUGUUGCCCCUCGCUGUACUGAGCACUGAAAGGUAAACGGAAUUUGAAAGGAGGAAAAGGAGGAAACAGUACGGAGACGUUGGGAAUAGAGGACUCUUGCAACUAGAGCGCGCAAUCAACAUCAGUGUUAGUCAUAUAUAUUUUAAAAUAAGAUCUUAUCAGAAUUGCAAUAGGAGAAGGAAAUAGCAGAUAUUCAACUAGUUAUCAAUUUGACUGUUUUAUUUGAUUGUUUUGAUAUCGGCUUCAUCCUAAAAGGGAUGCAUUUGUUGAGCAUGUCCACCAAAUGGCCGUCCUACGACUCCCGCUCCUCCACCCCCAGCUUCCUCCUCAGCGAGAGCGACGUGACGGAGGACGAGGCAGACAUUGAUGUCUUCUCCUCCGAAAGCGAGGGAGAUAGCUCAGGGGGUGGCAAGACCUGCUCAGUAACAUUCCCCCUGGCCGGGGGUGGCGAGGCAGCCCCUAGGUUACACUGGUCCAUGGCUGGGAGUCCCCACACCAACAUCUACCCAUCCAUGGUGGCUUCCUCUUGCAGUGCUGCAUUCUGCACAAAGGAAAGCACAGAGGAGACCACACAAGGAGACCUGGCCUUUGCUCAGAAAUGUUCAGAGCUACAAAAGUUUAUCAGACCCCUGUUGGAGCUUCUGAAUGGACUCAAGACGGGGAGAUUUGAGAGAGGUCUUAGCAGUUUCCAAUCGAGCGUUGCCAUCGACAGACUACAGAGGAUCCUGGGUAUUCUUCAGAAACCUGACAUGGGAGAAAAAUUCCUCCGCACCCUCCUGCAGGUAGAGAUGAUGCUGAAGAUGUGGUUCCCCCAUGUGACCCCUGUCGCUGCCACCCAGAACCCCACACCCAGUCUUCCGCCACGAUGGCACCAAAAUCAGCUGUGUAUGCCAGUCAAAAAGCGCAAGCUUAGCUGGUUGGACUCUGAUUUCCCGAGUGCCGCCCCACCCAGCUGCAAGCGCCUGCAGUGUGAGGACAACUACCAGGAAGUGACCUCACAAGACUUUAGCCUUUUGAGCACAGACACUUAUAGCCCAUCAUGUCUGACUGUCAGCAGGAGAAGAAAGGGAAAUAAGAGGCUUGAAAUUUCACCUUGCUCUGCAUGUGGUAGCCCAGCCACACAAGACAGCCGUGUCUCCUCCACCCAUCUGGUCUUUCACUCACAUCAGCUCUCCCUCCAUGGACAUCAGCCUCGGAGGUGCCACAGCGGGCCUGGCACAGUGAAGACACAGACCAAUAUUACAUCAGUGGGAAUCCAAAGGAGGAGUCAAUCUAUCCCCACAUUACUAAGGUCUAUGAAACAAGAGCCAGAGUAGAAGCACAGACGCAUAAAAGUGGACAUAAAACUGAACUCUGAACUCAUUGCACCUUUUAACCAUCUUUCAUCCACUUUUGUCUGUGUUGGAGAGUUAUUUUUUUUAUUUAUUUUUUUACUGAAAUUUACCUGGGAAUAUUUUUUUAUGGUUGAUAUGAUAAAGCAGUGUUUAGUAAUAAAUAAAACAAAUAUAUAUACUGUUACAUUUUUAUUUUAUUUUAGACUUGUCAACAAAAAUAGACAUACAGUCCAAUCACAUGAAAUACACUAUACACUAAAAAAAGAUUGACCUCUAACCUAACAUCAACUCACAGUUAUGAUAAAGUUAUCAAUAGUAGUAAAUCUUAAAACACGGACAAUACAAUGAAAAACAAUACAAGAACCCGUUAAUCCUUUAGCUGAUGCAGCACAGUGAAAAAAGGCAGCUGGAUGUAUAAGGCUUGCUAUACCACCUCAUUGAUUGUAAACCAUGCCAUACAACUGGCACUAAACCACUGCCAACCAGUGGCAACAAAGCCAUUUAUUUAUUACACAGUUUAAUGUAACUAUUGACUAAAUCCACCUCAGCGUGAAUACUAACUACACCAGUAGCAUACAACUGGAAUAAAGACAACUAUUAAAAACUACAAAAGAAAUAACAAAACAACUAUGUUAUUGUAUUUCUCGUAAAAUAGGUCUGUUCUGAAAAACCUGGAUGCAGACUAGAGCAGGGAUUCCCUAUUACAUUCUAAUUGGCUUUAUAACUUUAUAGUUUACAUUUAUCAUCUUUUUACCUUUGAGUCAGUUAAGAGCAGAACGACAGAUUUGUACCUUGUUAAGAGGCACAGAACGACAGAUUUGUACCUUGUCAGCUCGGGGGUUUGAACUUGCAACCUUCCGGUUACUAGUCCAACACUCUAACCACUAGGCUACCCUGCCGCCCCUUUACUUUUUGAUACAUUUGAUGUCAGGUUUAUUCUUCUAUGGUGUGAAAAGAAAAAUAUUUUGAGGAAUACACUGCCCAAAAGCGAUUUGCACAUGAGUAUUUUACUUUUUACAUUUAUUGAUAAAUGUUACUAUUGUGAUGAUGCAAAACACCUACUUUUUAAUCUUCUAGGAAGGUUUCUAUUAGAUUGGGAGAAAAUCCAUAAAAAUUAUUUCAUUAGGCCAUUUGAACCACAAUGUUUUUGCUUAGCAAAUAUCAUUCAUGUUGAAUGCCACUUUAUCCCUGGCCACUUUCAGAGAGUCUCUCUUGAGUUGUAACUACCUCGAUGGGAGUAGGCAGGAAACCAAGAAUAACUGGGUACUGUCUUGAUCUACCAACUUAAAGAAGAUUUCUGGAAAAAAACGAAUACAGACAACUGAAGCUGGUAGUAUGUGUUAUUGUUCCUAACCAUGCCGAGGAAGGCCCAGGUCGUGGACAGCAUAGGAGAGAGAUCACUGCAGUUGUAAACACAGGUAACUGUUGAGGCAAUGCACAACCCUUCCUAAAAGCUGGUCAUACAUCAGCCAAUUGUGGAGUUGUUUAUUUAGAUAUUUCCCGUGAGGAAAUAUUGCAAUUUAAUGUGAUGUUUUUGGUGUAUGUAGCCUAAUACUCCUGCUUAAUUAAUCGUGUCCCGUGUGGCUCAGUUGGUAGAGCAUGGCGCUUGCAACACCUGGAGAAGCGUGUCUGUUAAAUGACUAAAGUGUUACAUUAAAAAAAUUGAAAUAAAAUGUACAUUUCCAAAUAAAUAGGGCCUAUGUUUUGGACAUUUUCUCUGUUUAUCAAAAGAGGACAAAUGGUUAGACUGAGAAGGAUACUUCGCUGUUUUAUGUUAUCUUCCUUUAUUCAAGCCAUUUCCUUUGCCUCUUUUCUUCCUACCUUUUACCCAACACCCUCCAUCACAUUUUUGGGUUGGACAUAAUAUAAUUGUAUUUUUUGGUUACACACAAUGUACUUGUGCAUAAUAUUUUAUAUAAAAUUGUUUGAGACCUAUAUUGUUUUUGAUCAAUUGUACCCUUUUUGCUAAAAUAAAGGAACGUGUUGGUUCAUCAGAACUUGA